AUGGUGCUCGUAAUUGCUGCCCUGUGUCUGGUAGGCACUAUGAUAUCUCUACUGCUCUCUGUGGCUAUCUACAAUCUCAACUUAAGCCCCCUGGCAGGCAUUCCUGGCCCUCGACUGGCGGCAAUCACACGAUGGUAUGAGACUUAUUUCGACGUGUUCUGCGGGGGCCAAUUUAUGUACGAGAUCCAGCGGCUGCAUAAGCUGUAUGGACCUUUGGUGCGCAUUAGCCCCAAUGAGGUCCACGUCAACACCGCCGACUUUUAUGACACACUAUAUGCUGGGCCGACGCGGUGCCGCCACAAGGACCCCUGGUUUAUGUCUUCUGUUGCACCAGGUACGUCAUUUGCAUCAAGUGAAGCCAAACACCACCGUGUGAGGCGUGGCGGUCUAAGUUCCUUUUUCUCUAAGAACGCCGUCCGUGCAUGCGAGCCGCUCAUACAUGCCAAAAUGCAUCUACUAUGUACGCAUGUUCAACGAGCGCAGCAAAAUGGAAAUGCACUUGAACUACAUACCUGCUUCGUCAACUUUGCUGUCGACACCAUCUCGCAGUAUGUAUUUGGUACAGACUAUCAGUUCAACACGCUACAGGAGCCAAUGUUGAGCGACAAAUGGAAGAAAGGUGUUAAUAGCAUCUUCGAGAUGCUGUUGAUCACACGUCACUUCCCUUGGCUGUAUACCAUAUCAAGAGUAUUACCACUAUCUGUCUCUACCUGGUUCUGUCCGAUAUUUCUCCAUAUCAAUGCAAUUGAAAAGGACAUUGAACAGCAGGCCAGACUAGUCUAUAGAACCUCUGCAGAUGACAAAACUUCCAUUAUUGCGCAUCUCAUACGCAAUGAGAAAUUGCCCCCCGGCGAGCGCACGCUAGCCCGGUUGACCGACGAGGCCAAGUUCCUGCUGGUAGCUGGGACUGACGCACCAUCACAAGUGAUGGCCCUGACGAUGUACCAUAUUCUGCACAACUCGCACGUCCACAGUCGGCUCAAAGAGGAGCUGCAAAUGGCCCUUCCAGACACAGAUACAAAUCCCUCGUGGGAGGAGCUGGAACGAUUACCCUACCUGACCGCUGUGAUCAAAGAAGGCCUGCGACUAUCUGCCGUGGUGACCUCACGUUUGCCCCGAAUUGCGCCCGAUGAGGACCUAGUCUGCCAUGGCUGGAAGAUUCCCGCUGGUACCACUGUUAGUAUGUCCAAUCAUUUUAUCCUACAUGAUGCCGAGAUUUAUCCCGAUCCGUUGGUUUUUCAUCCGGAACGAUGGAUAUCCCCGUCAGCGGCGAUGAAACGUUUUCUGGUUCCAUUUUCAAAAGGCAGUCAGGGAUGCCUAGGACCCAAUAUGGCUUACUGCUGGCUCUACAUUGGGCUGGCCAUUCUAUUGCGCCGAUUUGACUGGGCGCUUCACAACACUGAUGAUAGUAAUGUGACCAUCGUGCGAGACUGCUUUAAUGGCCAGACAGUCCCUGGGCAUAACGCCAUCCAGGUAAGGGUGUUGCCUAAGAAGGAAGGUACGGCAGAGGAUUAG